UAAAAACGACAGUUUCUUCCUGUUGAUUAAGUCCAAGUUUUUAAUUACGUUUUCCGGAACAACUUUUAGCGAUAAAAGUUAAUUCGCAGAACAGAAAGAUAAAAGUUUUAAAAUGUUUUCAAAAUACAAGAAUAUUCUAUUUUAUCUAUUGGUUCUACUUCUGAAAAUAUUCAGUUCUUGCCACGAAUCGACUGGGAAAUCUCCUGAAUAUGGACUAGCAGUGAUAACAGCAAAGAAUUAUGAAUCGGAAAUCAUCAAUGGUGAUAAAGACGCGUGGAUUCUUGCUGUUAAAGAUGUGAGGAAGAUUUCCCUCGAACAAUGGAAGGAAAUAGAAUUUUCAGUUCGUGGAAUGACGGUGCGAGUUGGUAUAAUAGAUCCAGAAAAGGAUGGAGCUUUUCUCAAAAGAAAGGGGUUUAUUGAAGACAAGUCGUACCCAGUAGCGCGCGUUUUUCCAUAUGGUGGAUGGAAAAUCAAGACAGCUGGGAUGAAAGACACGAAGAGUAUGAAAGAAGCAAAGAAAAUGGCGCUGCAGAGUCUUCCUGAUGAUACAACUAAAAUAAACAUAAUGAGUGAACUGGAAUAUUUUGUGCACUCAUCGUACGGCACCUCACCUCCAAGGUUCCCGGUUCUCCUGUUCACUAAGAAAAGACAGACCGCAGCACUUUACAAAGCCCUGGCUUUAAAAUACUCAACUUACUUCAACUUCGGUGUCGUGAGAAAACCUUCAGUUGAAUUCUUACAACAAUUCCACCUUAAAGAUCUGCCAGAAAUCCUAGUGAUGAUAUCCAGCUUCCUCCCUAACAAUCAGCUCACCUUCAGCUCGAUUCCAUACGAUAAGACAUCUUAUGGUGCUGUAAGUUAUUUAACAGUUGCAAAGUUUUUAUAUUCUGUGCACGAGAAACAUUGGAAAGAAUUACCCAACAUUAAGAGAUUCAAAGGAAAAAUGAACUUUAAGGAAGAAUUUGUGAAAGAAAGUAAAGCAAUUCUGAACUUGGGAAUCAAGAAAGAAGACAAAAGUUCAAAAGAAAUAGUCGUGAAAGAGAUAACUCACAAGAAUUAUAAAGUAUUAUGCAAGGAAAAUGAUUUAGGGUUGUGUUUGAUAGCGUUCGUGGACGGGAAGGAUGAAAAGAUAAUGGAAAAGAGUAUUAACUUGUUGAAAGAUUUACAGAGGACCGAAGAUAUGGAAGGAAAGCCAUUACAGUACUUGUGGGUCAAUGCUACCUGCCAUCCAGAAUACGGAGACGUGUUUGGAAUCUUUCCUCAUACUCUUCCUACACUGCUCAUAAUCAAGCCCAGACAACGCCUAUUUCUCACCCAGACACUACAAGACACCAGCCCAGGUGACAUUAGUGAAAUGGUGUUGAAGAUCUUACAAGGACUAAAGAAUCUACAGAGAUAUGCAAGAUUUAAUGAUAUGCUACAACUAGACUGUAGAGAUGUAAAAGUGGAUGAGAAUACAGUGAAAAAAUCUUAUCGAAAUCAGGAACUGUAAAAGACUUGACCACCUGCAGCCAUGUCUGUACAGUGAAAUUUUCACAGUCAUAUAAAAUACUGUCAAUGGCAAAACAACAAUAGG